UGUUUGACCAUCGGAAAGAUCAAGGUCUAUCGAUCCGAUCGCCACGCCCACAGCACCAGCAUGUGGAGCCCACAAAAAGGUCCUACACGGCUGUGGGACCUUAGACUUAGUAGCUGUAUAUUUAUUUUACACUUAAUGUUUAGUUUAGUCAUAGCUGGUAAUGAACUGUGGCCUAUGGACCGGCCUGACGGAAUGCCCAACAUUGUCUCCCUGGAGGUGAUGUGCGGCAAGGAUCACAUGGAUGUUCAUCUAACAUUCUCGCAUCCGUUUGAGGGAAUUGUUAGCUCCAAAGGACAACACAGCGAUCCGCGUUGUGUGUAUGUGCCGCCCUCAACGGGCAAGACAUUCUUCUCGUUCCGCAUCUCGUAUUCACGAUGCGGCACCAAACCGGAUCUCAACGGACAGUUCUACGAGAAUACGGUAGUCGUGCAAUACGACAAGGACCUGCUGGAGGUCUGGGACGAGGCGAAGCGGCUGCGUUGCGAGUGGUUCAACGACUACGAGAAGACCGCCUCCAAGCCCCCGAUGGUGAUUGCUGAUCUGGAUGUGAUCCAGCUCGAUUUCCGCGGUGAUAAUGUCGACUGCUGGAUGGAGAUUCAGCAUGGCAAGGGUCCCUGGGCGCCGCCAGUGAGCGGCAUUGUGCCCCUGGGAUCGACGCUGACCCUCGUCGUGGCCAUCAACGACUACCGCGGCGAGUUCGAUAUGCGCGUUAAGUCUUGCUUGGCCUCGGACGGCUCUGGGCAUGUGAUCAACCUUUCGGAUGAGUUCGGCUGCGUGCUGCGGCCCAAGAUGAUCUCACGCUUCCUGAAGGCCCGCGCUCCCGACGAGAGGGCCACCGUCAUCACGUACGCGUUCUUCCACGCCUUUAAGUUCCCGGACGCGCUGAGCGUACACAUCAAGUGCAAGGUGGAGAUCUGUCGCCACGGCUGCCUCGACCACUGCCAAAACUCGGGCGUGGCGGGAGCCGGCGGUGAGGGCGGUCUCGGUCUCGGCCUCGGCCUGGGCCACGGAGUGACCAACGCCAACGAGCGCAAGGAUGUUCACAUGGGGGAUGCGAUGGGCAGCAGCAGCACCAACGAUCUGCUCCGGGAUCUGUCCCUGCCUCCGCCCCAGCACGGCAUGGGCUUGGGAAUGGGCAUGGGCAUGGGCCUGGGUAUGGGUCCGGGUGUGGACCAUGACAUCUUCUAUGAGGACAUAAUACACGACCAAAAGCAGACGAUUGGCGGACAAGGAGUGGGCGGAGUGGGAAUGGGAGCUGGAGCGGAUUAUGGAGGCGCUCACGAGAAGAGUGCGAAUCUGCAGCCGCGACCCGUGCACGAGGAUCAGGAGGAAGCCGACCUGUCCGACCUGUUCGGCGACGACGAUCUCGCUGAUCUGGCCGACAUGGACGGGGGUGAUGGUGAGCGGUAUCUGGGCCUUAAGAAGAGCGGCAAGUUCCCCCACGGACCACGGCAGUUGGAGGCACAGAAGCGCAUGGGCGUGCCCAUGGCCGGGCCCCGUUCUCUGGAGCCCAGAAACGAUGACGAGGAUGUGCCACGUCCCGUCUACCGGCCCCAGGCGGAGCCCCUGAAACAAUCGCGAGAGGACCAUAUCGACUUGGAUGUGGAGGAGCCCGAUGAGAAGGCCGCAGCCCCUGGCGCUGAUGCCGCCUCAUCCUCAUCCACAUCCACAACCACAUCCUCCACCACAGAGGCGCCGGAGAAUCCCCGCCGUCGUCGUCGCCGCUCCCUGGUCAUCUCAGAUCGUAAAGUGCGCAGUGCCGACGUGGGAGUCAGUGGCCUCUACGAUGUCAUCUCCGAGGCAGACCUGGCCUUCUCGCCGGACUCGAAGCAGGAGGCAGUGACCGUGUUCCAGGGCAAGAUCAGCGAGGAGGUCGUCUAUGGCAUCUGCAUGCCCGUGCCUGGGUUCAGCAUUCUGUUCAUCGUGGUCAUCUCGGCCACCAUUGUCUCGGCCCUGGUCGCCGGCUCGCUGCUCUACCGCUACCAGCUGCAGAAGGAGGCGCUGGACAAGCAGACGCCCAUGCCGGUGCCGGGCACCCUGGCCUCCUGGAUGACAUUGCGCCUCUUCCGCCUGCGCCACAUGCAGCAACAACAGCAACAGCAGCAGGAGCAAGUGCGGCAGCAGAGCCCCGUCGUGGGGCAUGAAACGGUUCAGUGAUCGGUGCGGAUAGUAUCGUCAUCGGAUCGUAUCGGAUCGGAUCGGAUCGGAUCGGAUUGUGGCCUCCGUCUUCGUC